AGCCCACGUGACCGGCCGCGGCCCAAUGGCAAGUGGCGAAAGGACCUUAUAUCCUCCCCCGGGCGGGGGGGCCUCUUCCUUUCGCCGGGGCGGCGCGGCUCAAGAUGGCGGUGCAGAUCUCCAAGAAGCGCAAGUUUGUCGCUGAUGGCAUCUUCAAAGCUGAGCUAAAUGAGUUUCUGACUCGUGAGUUGGCUGAAGAUGGAUACUCUGGAGUAGAGGUCCGAGUUACUCCAACGAGGACUGAAAUUAUCAUCCUUGCUACCAGAACGCAAAACGUUCUUGGUGAGAAGGGACGCCGAAUCCGGGAGCUGACUGCGGUCGUACAGAAGAGGUUUGGCUUUCCAGAAGGAAGCGUUGAGCUCUAUGCCGAGAAGGUGGCCACAAGAGGUCUGUGUGCUAUUGCCCAAGCAGAGUCCCUGCGUUACAAACUUCUGGGAGGUUUAGCGGUGCGUCGAGCCUGCUAUGGUGUCCUCCGCUUCAUCAUGGAGAGUGGUGCUAAGGGUUGUGAGGUGGUGGUGUCCGGUAAACUCAGAGGCCAGCGAGCCAAGUCUAUGAAGUUUGUGGAUGGCCUGAUGAUCCACAGUGGAGACCCUGUAAACUACUAUGUCGAUACAGCUGUGCGCCACGUCCUCCUCAGGCAGGGUGUGCUGGGUAUUAAAGUAAAGAUUAUGUUGCCUUGGGACCCAAGUGGGAAGAUUGGACCCAAGAAACCCCUGCCAGACCAUGUCAGCAUUGUGGAGCCCAAGGAAGAGAUCUUACCCACCACACCCAUCUCAGAGCAGAAAGGUGGCAAACCAGAACAGCCAGCCAUGCCUCAGCCAGUUCCCACUGCAUAAUGGGAUUUUUCAACACUUGGAAGGAAAAGGUGGACUGUGGCUCAUGAAAGGAUCUUAAUAAAAUCAUAAAAGACAG